UUGAGGGCAACAGGAGGUUUGUUUAGAGAAAGUGCAAGCUCAGCUAACUAUGCUGAGAUUUCCAAAGCGGCUUCAGGGAGUUGGGUGGGAACUCAGAAUCUAAACCUAGGCAGCUCUGAAUAUCUCAGAUGUAAAAUCUAGAAUUCAUGCAUUAUUUCUUGACAGUCACCAUAGCAUUCACCCAAUAAAAAGAGAGAUUUAUUUUAGGGUUAGAAGUUUCUUCCCUCUCAAGGACUUUUCCCUUUGAGAUUAGAAGUUUGACUUCACUGAUGUUUUCUAAAAGUAAACCAAAUAUCAACUUUUCCUUUCUUGUUACAUUCCCCACAGCAGAGGUGUCUCAGGAGACUGCACCUUGUCACAGAAGGCUAUAUAACGAAUCAGAGAAGAUGUUCUCCAUUUGGUGGAGGGUAUGAUGCGCAGGGCAAGUUACUAGACAUGGCAACGGAGCCCCAGUAGCUUUUCUAGGUUAUGACAUUCUAUUUACUGGGUAAAUGAAAGCACGUGGAUGCGGUGGGAAGCGAAGAUGGACUGAAUAACCUGGAUCCUGGUCUCUGAAAUGAUGAGUGAGAAGAUGACAAAAGAGAUUCUGGCUUGUGAAUGACCCACCUUAAAGUGUCUCAGUAGAUAGCAACAUUUACUGAUGUCCAGCGAUUGAAACCGAAUCCUUCCGAGCCGAGCUGCAAGUGUCAAAGAAGGCUCAAGGCGUUAGCUGUCCAAACCCUACUGAAAUCAAAGGGUCUAGUCCCCGAAGUCAGUGGAAAUUUUAUCUUUGACUUCAAGAGAAGGCUCAGACUGAACAGAAAUAUUCUGAGUGAAUUUCCUUCCCGUGGACACAACCUAUGACGAAACCUGAAAAGGGAAAUCAAACGUCCGUAGCAGAAUUCAACCUCCUGGGAUUUGGGACUCUUCCUCAUCUGGAAAUCCUUAUUUUCCUGCUGUUUCUCUUGAUCUACAUUACAACCAUGGCUGGGAACAUCCUCAUCAUAGUGCUAGUUGUAAUUGAUCAGCACCUUCACACCCCCAUGUACUUCUUCCUGGGGAACUUGUCCUGCUUGGAGACCUGCUACACCUCCACCAUCCUGCCCAGCAUGCUGGCCAGUCUCCUGACUGAGAAUAGAACCAUUUCAUUUAGUGGGUGUCUCACACAAUAUUUUUGUUUUGCUUCUUUGAUUGCCACGGAAUGCCUUCUCUUAUCAGUGAUGUCUUAUGAUCGGUAUUUAGCAAUAUGCAAUCCAAUGCACUAUGCAACCCGUAAGAGUGGCAGGUUAUACUUCCAGCUUGCAGGUGGCUCUUGGACAGGUGGCUUUCUAUGUAGUGGCAUAAUAACCUUGUCGAUAUCCCAGUUAACUUUCUGUGGCUCCAAAGACAUUGACCAUUUCUUUUGCGAUCUUAUCCCUCUGGUAAAUCUCUCCUGCAAUGAUCCUCAGCUGAUGGAAAUGUUGGCUUUAACACUAUGCUUGAUUUUCUUAGUGGUCCCAUUCCUACUUACCUUGAUGUCCUACAUCUGCAUCAUUGUGACCAUCCUAAGAAUCCCUUCCACCACUGGGAGGCAAAAGUCCUUUUCCACCUGCUCCUCCCACCUCAUUGUAGUGUCCAUCUUUUAUGGAACUCUACUGAUUGCCUAUAUGUUCCCAACGACCAACACACUGAGAGACUUCAAGAAAGUUCUCUCUGUCGUCUACACUGUCCUGACUCCUCUGGUCAAUCCCCUCAUCUACAGCCUGAGAAACAAAGAGAUCAAGGAGGCCCUGAGGAAAGCUAGCAGGAAAUUCAUGUUUGGACGAUGCUAUCCAAUCAGUUUCCUUAGGUUAAAAUGAAAUAGACAUACCAUAGGGUGGCUUGGGGCCUGAACCGAAGCCUGCUGUAGUCCGAGGAAAUGUUCCCCUUUAUUUCUUUGGGUUUUGUGUCAUGCUCUUAGAGUCACAGCCAUGGGAGAAAGUGGAGACAGAAAGACCUCUUUAAUCCUGUGACCCUAUUCUUUUUAGGAGACUUUUAUAAGAUUCCACAGAUGGGUACUACUGGGCUGGUGGGAGACUUGAACUUCUGGCUGCCCAAAUUUCAAACAAUGAGAGGAGUUUGUGCUCAGUUAGAGGGUGCGAGCAAAAUGAACUCAGCGGGAACACUGAGCAUUCUCUCAUUGUAGAGUGAGAGAAUUCUACACAUAGUCACACACACAAAACGUGUGAUUCCUACAUUAUAAAAAUAUAGUGUUGCAAUGUCCACGUGGAACCCCAGUGUUAGGCAAUUCUAUAAUUAACUUUUGUUUCUCAGUGUCUUUCAUUCCCAAGUUUCUUUCCAAAGGAACAGAAAAGCAAAAGGAAACCCUCUAACCUGUGCUACAGGACACAGGACACCAGCCUAGGCUGCUUAUUUUCAACAAUGAUUUAGGGCCAGUUUUUCAGGAUACUUAGGUGCCCAGUGAGAUUUUCAAAAGUAUCUGGGCACCUCGCUUGCUGGAUUGAGCCCAGCAGGUAAGCGAGAUACAGGAACACCUAUCUUCCCUGUGUCCAUGCAUCGCUCUGGGGCCUCAGCGGCCAGGUGCCUGGUGUGAGCUGCACGGGGAAGGUCCAGAGGCAGAGACAUAGAGGCCUAUGGCCCUUUUAAUGCAAACACUUAGCUUCCUACAGGGUUUGCAGGCAGCUGAGCAGGGUUGUGUGAAUCCCAGGGGGCUGGAUUCUGGGAUUCAGGGGCCUAAAGUGGAAACUUUGUGACUCUAGCCCUGUUCCACAUCCUUAUCCUCACGUUAUAGCUGGGAAACGAAGGCAGAAAGAGGUGACGUG